GGAAACAUUCGCUGUUGGCGCAUUCUCGUGACACGGUUGUCGUUAGUAAGACCACGAGAGGACUUUGCUGUCAGAUCGCCCAAACCUAGCGGGUUUGGGUCAAAUCUGCACUUAAGUCGUGUGUAAGAGGUUCGGAAGUGUAAUCCUGAAGUGACGGGAUCUUCCAGUAAGGAGUACGGAGAAAUUUAUUGGCUCAAGAUCGCCCGAAACGUCUGAGAGAAAUGUUUGAUUGACUCGAGGGCGUAAACCUGUUGUGUUGCCGUUCUAAUUCAAAUGUGAGGACGUGUGUGGACUGCUGAUAUUGUUACACCAGUCCCAACACUCGCCGAGUUGACCACACAGCAUUGCUUCAGGCCACCCGGAUCUGGGACACAUGCACAGUGGGCAACCUAGUUCUCUGAAAAUUUCAACGACCAACGAGGCUGUCAACUCUGACAACGUACCUUCGAGUGGCCAGGUAUGCGACGAGGUGUUUAAGGAAUUCCUUUGAAGACGACAAUACGCCUUAAAUUUGUCUGCGUAACGUGCUGAUUUCAAGCUCAUUCAGUUAAUUCUACUUAAAUGGUUGAAAUAGCUUGGAAGGUGGCACGCCGCUGAGUCCUACGUCGUCUACCUAAAGUCAGUGGAUUUUUUCGUCGCUAAUGAGUCGGCCUGAACGCUGGCCCAUACGUAUUCGAAUAACAACGGCAUCAGCCUACAAGCGAGGACCGACGGCUGCCGACACAAAACGAGGCGGCGUGGCUGAGCCCGCGCCGUGGAAUGUGGACGGACUGGGAGGGACCAGGGGAAUGCACGGGGUAAGCAAGCAGGACGACCGCGGCGGAACCCGAGACAUGUCCGGCGACGGAAAGGGCGGGAAGGGAGAACCACCACAGAACACAGAGGACAUGGUGCUCACGGCGAUGGUGCGGGUGCUCGAAGAAGCAAUCCAGUCACUUGAUACCCUGAAUGACCAGAUUGUCCAGUUCAUCUUCACCCCCAAGUCCUCGGAGUGCGAUGGAGAGGGGGACGCCAUGUCACCGAAGGAGCGCGACACGCUCAAGGCCUCCAUGGCGCUCAUGCGCCGAUUACUGGUGGAUGCACAGGCGAAGUUUAGAAAAAUGGUUGAUGACAACAAGCAGCUUGCAUCCAGGAUUGACGGGUCCAUCCAGUCAGCCAAUCAGGAGGUCAACGCCCUCCGUGCAGAGCUGGCUGACACCAACAAGAGGCUCACUGAACUUAGCUGCAGGACGGAAAAUAACCACAUCGACAAUGACGACUGGAGAUCUUGGGAUACAAAGAAAGAUGAUCCUUCAGAACAAAGCCUGCGGCAGAAGGAACAGGAAGUGUCCAACUUGAGGGAGGCAAAACUCCGUCUGGAAGAAGACAACCGCAGCCUGUUGAAAGAGCUGGAGGAGCUGAGGUCACAGAAAACUAUCGAGAGUCAGUCUGGGCCUGCCGUGUCCGAACUCAAAGUACAGCUGACACAGACAGAACACGAGCUGGCCAGGGCUAAGGAAGCUCUUGCAGCAAUGAAGGCAGACAGGAAGAGAUUGAAGGCAGAGAAGGUGGACCUGUUAAACCAGAUGAAACAGCUGUACGGAACUCUGGAGGACAAAGAAGAUGAACUGAGGGAGUUCAUCCGCAACUAUGAGAUGAGGAUGAGGCAAAAUUCUCCUCUUCCAAGCCACUCGACGCUUCCGAUUAUAAGACGGCCUGAGUCAGUUGUAGAAAGUGAUGAAAGUAUUAAGCAGCUGAUCCUGGAGAAGGAAGGCUCGGAGAAGGAGAAGUGGGAGAUCCUUAAGAAGGCCAGGGACUCCGCAGAGCGGUCAGUCUUUCUCCGGCAGCAGCUGGACCAGAAGGAAGGACUCAUCAAGAAACUAGAGACAGAACUCUCACAAACCAGAUUACAGCUUGAGCAGAACCAUCAGCACCAGAGACUGAGUAUUGCAGAGUCCUCCCCUCGACCUGAGACAUUGGGAGAGGCCAGUCCACUCCCUGCUGAAGACAGCCACCUCUCUGAGGAUGUGCAGUUAUCUCUCCAUGUUGGUGAAUCACUGACGCCAAGAGGUUCCAUGGACCUGCAGUUACACGCCUCGGAUGGUGAAUUCCCCACCCCCCGGGGAUCCAUGGAGCUGCAUACCCCAACCCCUGCAGAAGCCACCCCUAGGGGGUCAGUAGAGAUCCAGAGUCCUCAGAGCGUGGACGAAUCACACCAAUCAACCUCAGUGGAGUUCUACACACCAGAAGUAUCGUUGUCAGACAGUGUCCAGGAUGUGACGCAAUCACCCAUCCAACAACAUUCUACCCCGAUAUCAGAAUCUGCACCUUCAUCGUGUAACCUCCAGGAAACUCCCGUGUCUGAGGAGGGAAUCUCCUCCAACCCCCCCAGUGUUGCCAGCACCUCGAGAUACUCCCCUGUCCAUAUACCUGAUGACUCCAAGUCAGACGGCUACAACUCCAGUAGAGAUAGUGGCCUAGGGGGAGCCAAGAAGAAGAAGAGCACCAAAAAGUUUGGGUCCCUGUCCAAGGUGUUUGGUAGAAACAAGCACCGCAAGUCUUUAGACCCAAGCUUGUUAGAAGAAGUAGAGACCCAGAGUGGUAGUUACACCCUGCCGACCCGCGGCACCCUGCACCACAGUCUGCACCAGGAGGAGGCUGCAGACCGGCUGCAGGUGCUGGAGGAGACCCGCAGGCUGCCCAUGACCCAGUGGAAGGCCGACCACGUGCUGGCCUGGCUGGAGUACACCAUGUGUAUGCCCAUGUAUUCUAAACACUGUACAGAGAACAUCAAAAGUGGCAAGGUACUACUUGGCCUAAGUGACCAUGAACUUGAGUCAGGGCUGGGAAUCAACAACAAUCUUCAUCGCAGGAAACUCAGGCUAGCUAUAGAGGAACAUAGGACACCCGAAGCUAGGUACGCUACUGUGCCGAUGAGGAGGGGUCUCCUGUAUCGCAUGUUUCACAGGCAACCCGAGAUCCAGCAUAAGUACAGUAAAGCCUCACAGAUGGACCACCGCUGGGUGUCGCGGACCUGGCUCACGGACCUGGGCCUCCCUCAGUACCGCCGCGUCGAGUCUCUCCUGGUGGACGGGCGUGUGCUGGCCACACUGACCCGCAAGGACCUGGAGAAGUACCUGAGCAUUUCCAGGAAAAUCCACCAGGUGUCGCUGCUGCACGGCAUCGACUUCCUGCGGAGGGUCAAGUUUGACAAGGAGGCUCUUCAUGAAAGGCGGUUGCAGUGUGAAGACAUUGACUGUGACCCUCUGGUAUGGACCAAUCAGAGGCUCAUCAAAUGGGCACAGAACAUAGACCUGAAGAUGUAUCCUAGGGGAGUCCCCUUCCUGUGGGAGUAUUCCAACAACCUUGCGGAGAGUGGGGUGCACGGUGCGCUGCUGGUGCUGGAGCCGUCAUUCAAUGCUGACGCCAUGGCAACGGCUCUGGGGAUCCCGCCCACCAAGACUAUCAUCAGGAGACACCUGACCACGGAGUUAAACUCACUGGUCAUGCCUGCAAGAGCCACACUGACAGUGAUGGCAGGGAAUCAGGGGCACAGUAGGACAACCUGGAGACUGCGCUUGCGGACAAAAGUGAAACGGGAGUCGAGUGAGGUGGACAGCAGGGUAACCAUUAGUAGCUCACUGCAGUCCAUAUGGGCGGCCUUGGCGGCAGCGUCUGGUGGUGGUGAUAGCGGCACGCGACCGAAGUCAGCCUCUGUGCUGUCAUCCAGACCGAGCUCCGCAGGGUCGGUGGGGAGGUCAGGGUUCGGCAGGUCCAACCAUCAGGCAGCUUCAGACGAGGAGAAAAAGGGCAGCUUCAGGAGGAGCUUCAGGGGCUCGCUGGGUAGAGCGUUUGGUAAGAAGUACCGUGAGCAGCACUCCAGAUCAGCGGUUAUCGAGAGAACACCUGAGCGGCAGGAGGAGGCCACGCCCCCGGCAGCCACGCCCAAACGUUCACGCAGCCAGGAGCUCGAGACAACCACUGUAUAGUGCAGGGAACUGUAGGAGUGAGUAGGUUAUGUUAGCCAGAAACUGAACUCUGUUGGUAGGUGACUAUACUGAAACUUUGGCUGUAUUUUUCAGUUUUUCUCAACAUGAGUGUACUUCAGAUUUAGACCUUGACAGAUUUGCUAGUCAAGUAUCCUUGGAAGUGUGUUAAUGAGUCAUUCAUUUUGAGAAGAAUUGGAAAAUUCCAAAUCUAUUUUAUGUCAGAACUAAAGUUUGGUCACUUACCACCAUCAUUUCAUGUUGUCAGCACUGAUUGUGUCCUAAUUUUGUCAGGUGGAGAAAGAAAGUUUUUGGUCUUCAAUUGUGUUACCUACAAUGUAGUGAUGCUGGCAACUUUAAAUCUAUUGCUUAGUGAUGUGUACAUUUGGUACACAUCACUAAGCAAACAUGGCUUUUACUUUGUCAUGACUGUAAGUUCUCAAAAGUGUUACUUCCAAGCACGUUUCUUUUAAAAGUUGAAAUGGGGACAUUCUUUGCAGCUGCAAAAUGGGAAGGAUAUCAGUCUGUAUUUCAUAGUUCCACCACCUUUGCUAGGUGUAAGACUUGCUGUUUUUAAACUGUAAAAUUUUCCAAGUGGUUUUAGCUCAUGACAAAUGAUAAGAGUUUUACUGUGGCAGAACGUAUGCAGACGUAGAUGUAGAUUUUAAGACGGAUGUUUAUGAUGCAUGCCCACAUGUAAGCAAAAUUUUACACAGAUACAUUUGCAUCAGAUGCAAUAAACAACUAGAAAGGCCUCAGAAAGGUGAUGUCAUCAUCUAGUCUCCCCAAGUCUGGUGAAAGAGUGACAAAAUACCAAUUUGGUUUUUAAAAAAAGGCACAAUAUGCACAUGUCAAUAUAAUUCCAAAAUAGUUUGAUUUAGGGACAUUUGGUAUAGCCUGGACCUAUUAAAGAUGCCGAGUCUCUUAUGUCCUUUCUGGAGAGGCUGUAGCUGUAGGAAGUUUGAAGCAAAAGUAAGUUACAGGAUUCACACUGGCAUGCUUUCAUAGUGUUAAUCAACACAAAGAUAUUUAGAGUUCUAAACCCUAAGUCCAAGUGCCUUAGCAAGGUUACUAAGAAUCAUGUGCAUCCAAAGAGCUUGUAGCUGCAAAAAAUGCAGUUAAAACUAUGCUGACGCACCAUGCAUCAUUGCACAUUUUUAUAGUAGGAAAAGAAAUGAACUAUCAUGUCAGUUGAUUUUAAAAAUCAUGCAGUAUUGCAUGUAUAGGUAUUAGAAAAUUGUCAUUUUAACCUGUGGCUGGGGGGGGGGGGCACCUUCACAACACUACAGUGCAUGAUUCCAUGUUAGUUGCUUUACCACCCUCUUCCUCUGUAACUACCAUGUAGGAAAGCCCUAUUUCCAGAAUUCCAUGCAGUAUUUCUGUUCAGCAGUGUUAUGUCUUUAUGCUGGCGCUGCAAUGUGUUCAUGCAUUUCAGAGGCAGACAAUGCUGUUUAUGAAACCAUAGCUAAAUUCAUGAUAUUUUGAACUUGACAUUAAGACUGGUAUCUCUGCUAGUACACUUAUCCUUUGGGAGAAGUACAUUAAUGUAAUUACAGCAAUCUUGUCAAAAAUUAUUACACUACGAAAGUGUCAGAAGUAAAAUAGCAUCUCCUGAAGCCCCAAAAUGAAGCAUAACAUGUACUACUACAAAAUGUACUUGUGCUUUGAAAAGAGCAAGUGUUCAUCACUGGAGUUGUGUCUGCCACACACACCACAGUAUUGUGUCUACCCAAGUUGGACUUGUCAAAUGUGUGUGACAAAUAUUCUGCUUCAGAUAUGAUUGUGAUAGAUUUACCACUGAUGUUUUUACAUUGUACCUGCAUUUGGUAAGUAGGAUGUCAUAUAGCUGAUGUCCAGUAUCAAGAUUUCCUUCACGUGUUUCUGGCUGCAAGCAUUUGUAAAGCACAUUGUAUGGAAAGAAUGAGGACACACAAGUUUCCUGUACAAGCUACAGCCCACUUCCACUGCUUUGUAAAAGUACCACAACUGUAACCAUACAUACCUUGUUAUGAUAUUAUCUUGAUGGAAUUAAAGUGUUGUUAAUUAAUGUGUUAAUCUGCACCAGAUCUGUGUACUACAAAUGUAGAUGUAUGGAAGAUCAUGAUACAGCAAGUUACAGUGACCAGAGCAUAGGAAGUUUUUAGACUUGUCCCCAGUUGCAAAACAAAUAUAGGGAGCUCUAUGUGGAAAGAAUGACAAGCAUAUGAUAUGCUCUAUCUAUAGGAUCUAUUUUUAUGGCAAACCACUACUAACAGGACUUGUCAAAGUAAGGAAAUAAAGGGAUCAAACUAAGGUCAGAAAAGCAUUGCUGUACAGAAUUGAUUUGCAAAUGAAUUGUGUGUGAAGUAUGAUAUUAAUUGUUUUGCAUAUUUCUGCAAAUUUUCAUAUUUUUGUACCAUAAUUACAGGGAAUCAGACGUGCUGGUUUGACGUUAAUCUUGCCGAUUAUAGAGAUUAUGUCUUUGGUAGUUGCACUGUGUGGAAGUUUUACUGCUGUUUCUACCGCUAAUGUUGUUUUUUGCCCGAAUUGUUCAUGUCUGUUCCCAUGAGAUGUAAAAAUUGAUGGCUAAUAAAUUUUGACGAUUUAAAAUCUA